AUGGCAUCCAAGGGCAAGGAGAUCCGCCGGCCAGACCUGAUCAUUCCGUAUCAGGAGCCCGGCGGGAAAAGCGAGAGCGUCGAAUUCUCUUCGACACUGUCGUCCACGCUGCCAAUGGCAGCCAUCUUCAUGCGCAAUCGCUACAUAGGAUGGGCGGCUUUUGUCUACAGUGUUCAGAGCUGGCUAGGCGAAAGUGAAGAUACCAAGAAGAACACUAGCACCCCUGGAUACUUCUCUGUUGGAAUGUCAUUAAUGGCUCUCCUGGUCACAUAUCUCCCGCUGUUCCUCCCGCCCCCGCCGGGCUCGCAAGCCGGUACCGCGACCGGCGCGGCUCCCCCUGUCCCUCCUUCCUGA